GUCUUGUGAUGCAGUAGAAGUGCUUCAGCCACCUCAGGAUCGGACACAGCUGUCAUCUGCAAGCAGGUGAUCUUGCAGUUUGGACAUGGAAUGGAGAAGCAGCCUGAAGCGCAGCCAGUCUCUGAAGGCUGUGACAUGUGACAAACCCGUGUGGACAGAUGCGGGCCUACGGGACAAGAGGGCAUCUGUGUCUCAGCUCGUUGCCAGGUAUCAGGUAGAAGUGAGUCAAAAUAUCCAAACUACUAAUAGAAUCGACACAGAAGAGAAAUCAAAAGAAGACACGAUCCAGCAAAAGGCAUGGCGACCUCACCUACAAGCUAGUGAUUUGAAAGACGACGUUCAUACUAACAAGUCUGAAACAUGGACCGACGACACAUGGAUACAGUCCAAAAGUCAGACGAGUUUGUCCCGCAGCAGGUCUCUGGGAAGUUUAAACACCAUCGACACUCUGAAGUCCAAAUUUGAAGGAAAAUCUGUGGCUCCAGUCAAACAGGAAACCUUCCUGUCACCUCCAAGAAAAUCUGGCAAUAUUGUGUCAAAAGUAGAGAAAACAAAAAAUACUGAAGAUGGACAAAGCAUUCCAGCUGAGGCUCCAGUGAACAAGGACACAACUGAGGCAAAACAAACAAGUUUGUUUGAAAAGGUGGAAAAUAACACCAAGAUUCAGAGAAGAAAAACUAUUGGAGGAAUAGAUUUUGAAACACUUGCAAAGUCUCAAGCUGAGGAGAAGAGGAGGUCUAUUGUUGACUCCAGAGACAUCUCAGAAAAAGUGGGUGUGUCUGUAAAGGCCAUAUCUGCUCUGUAUCUGUCAAAGGUCGCCCCACAGGAACCAAAGACCCUGGUACCAUCAUCUGAAUUGGCUAAGAGAACAAGGCUUACAAAGAUGGCUGAAGACGCCAAAGCUGACACCCUGCCACCUGCUUCAGAGGAUCAGUUAGAACUCCAUUACAGAGCCACUAUAGGAUCAAUGCAACAACGGAGACGGAAAAAUGAGCUGAAACGGCUCCUGAAGCACACCAAUCCAGAAAUCACAACGCUGGACAAAGUGGUGGACAAGGAGCUGGCAGCAGUGUUGCAGUCCGAGGCUGAGGAGGCAGCUGCUGAAACAGGAUAUGAGGGAGAAGUCUUCUCAAAAUGCUUGAUAUUUGAGAACUGCACCACAAGUCAAAAAGGAUCAUCUUACAGCAUCAACAUGGCACAGGAAACUGACCAAACACCUACUAGUGUGUUUGAGGGGCAUGGGACCCACAGUGAGCCUAAUAAAGAGUUAACAGAGGAGGAGGAAAGAAUAGAUGUCCAAUCCACCAGGAGGAGAUUUAAGGAGCAGCCAAUUAAAGGAAUACAGUCAUAUCAACACCAACACCACAUCAAGUCCCAAGACAAUGUUUACAGUGAAGGUAAAACGCUACCAGACCAGAUUAUACAGAAAUCUACAUCAAAUAUUCAAGAGAGUCAGUACAAAACUACUGACCUUCAUUCUAUAGAUCUAUCUAUAGAACAAGUUCAGUCUGAGAAUUUAGACGAGGACUUUACACGCAUCCCAGAGCCAGAAACAUUUGGAGAUAUGAUCAAAACAUCUCAGGACCUCUUCCGUCACAACCCAUUUAUUACAGUUAAUGUAGAAAAAGAGCAUUCAUCUUUUCAAAAAGAAGUUAUCUCUGAAGUCGACAUUCCAAAUGUAAAGAACAGAAAACACCUUUUUGAAUCAAUGCCAUUUGACAAGAUAAAGCAGCAGAACAAAGAUGAUAUAGAGACGAUGGUGGAAAACAUAAGGGAAACAUUACGCCUACUAUAUUCUGCCAAUGUUUUACAAUCAAAAGGCUCCAUCAUUGAAGUCCAUGAAACUAUGAUAGCCACAAAGGUUAAAUUCAUUUUAACAGAGACUGGACCGGUGAUUAUGGAAGACACCGUAGCAGAGGGAGGAGCACAGAACUUCAUAUUGCAUCUCCUGCCACGAGCCAAUGUAGAGCCACAAAUUAAAUACCUAAAAGAGGACAGAGAUGGGGCUGUGAGGAUUAUGGAGGUGAAUGCCCCAGUCCACCAUAAUCAUCCAGACACUGAGUUUAAAACUGCCAACGUGGUCCAACUUAUUGAAGAUAUACUUACUCAGGACAACUCUCUACGGAAAGGGGUGCUCAUCCAGGAUCAAGUGAAGCAAUGUGCCCAAGUUAGUGUCUACUCUCUGUACUGUUAUGUUGACAAUGAAGAUAUAAAAAGUUACUGCCCCUCACAGCAAGCAACUGCAGAGGUAGUUGAACAAGAGGUGGGGAAAAGUGAAACAAUUCAAAAAGAAAUCCCUCAAGUGACUAGUGGAAUAAUUAAAUCAGCAAUACACUGCCUUCAAGAAAGCCAAACAGAAACGUGUACAACACCAGAAAGACCAGAUAUUAGAAUAAGGGGUAAUGUCAAGUUGUUCCGGAGUUGUAUUGAAAAAGGUGAUAUGGAGUAUUUGAAAUCGCUCCAAGCUGAGGCAGACAUGAUAGAAGAGGAACUACCUACGAACUCUCCUAGCAACAAUGCAAAUGAUGAUAAUGCAAGUGAUAUCGAAUAUGAGCCCAUAGAUAUUAAAAGACUCAAAGGUCUAUUCUCCGCAGAUUCCAUACCGGCUGCACCAAAACCAGAAUCGUGUACAAAUGUUUCUUGGUUGUCAUCCAGGUCAGAAGACAAGAGUAAGAAGACAGCUAACUAUGAAAUGCUAGAUAAGCAGCAACCCUAUGCAAGUAAUUAUAUUGAGGAUAGAGAGUUUAUCCACCAGGCUGAGUUAGUGGAGGUUACUAACGAAUGCGAAGAAAUUUGUGGUCUCCAAGCCGCAAUUUCUCAGCUCCAGAAAGCAACAAAUGAGGCCAAAUCAAUUCAUGAGUCUUUACAAGAACGUCAAGACAAGCAUCGGGCGAAUCCAACUCCAGCUUUGGAAAUUAGGACAGUCACAUCACCUUUGAAAACCAAUGACAGUAAAGAUAUCUCUACAGACCAGAUUUAUGAUUCAGAGACUAAAACAGAGGAUGAGGAAGUUGUUCUUGAGGGCAAACUCCAAGCUGCUUUACAAGCCCUGGAGAGAUCUAACCUUAAUGUAGCUCGUGGAGGUUUUGAAGCAGCAAUGAUAUACAGAAAUUCCAACAAAAUCUCUUCUUCUGUAAAAGGACCACCUGGGGAGACAACUGCACAAACUACAGGCUCUUGUUUUGAAUGUAAGCCAGGUUUAGUAGAGCAAAAUGUGGGUGAUGCAAGUAAAGAAGGAGCAAGCCAAAAUGAAUCCAUUAUAGAAAAAAACAUAAAACCACCUGGACCCAAACCAGCCCUUCCUCCAAAACCUGAACAUUUAAAAGCCAAUCCAAAGGAGUCACAAGUAAAAGUUCCAAUCCAGAAUGUGAAAACAACAUCUGGGAAUAACACGGAAGUUGUGACAAAUAGUGCAUCUUUAGUGAAACAAGCAAAUGAUCAUAUAGAAAUUCAAGGCACAAGUCAGUCCAAAAACACAGAAAAAAAUAUUAUUGAUGUAGCUGAAAAGGCCACAGCUGAGCAAAAGAUGGAUAAAGAAGAACCAGAUGAAAGCCAUCUUAACUUCCAUGAGGCAUGUCAAAUAUUUGGGGGUAAAAAAACAGCGAUGAAAAAGGCCGCGCCAGUGAAGCCAAAAAGGGUGAAAAUUGCAGACACUAAAAGCCAGGGGCAAUCCAAUUCAGGAAUCCCAACAUCUUGUAACAGUGAUGAACAAGGGAAUGACAGAGAGGUGAAAGUGACAAUGAGGGAAAGGAAAGGGCGUAAAGAAACAGAGGAUGAGCGGAGGCAGCGGUUGUCAAUUCAUAUGGAUGAGAUCGUGAGAGGCAACAUCACAGCUGCAAUGGAAAUCUAUGACAAUUUGAGGAAGCAGGAAGAGCUGGAGAACAUCCUCAUUCGGGUUGAAGAAAUUGAGAAGGACACUAGUGAGGUAGAUGUCAAGUCUUUGAGGAAGGUAUUUGAAGAUGUACCAGACUGGGUUGUGACCUCCAAUACAAAGAGAAACAAAACUGAGGGAGUGCAACAGAAAGCAGGAAAAACAAAGUUAGUGAAAUCAAAUUCAGAUAUGAAGUCUCCAAUGGCACAUGUUUUUGGAGACUUGGCUCGAGCAAGCGAAGAAAUCAUUAAUUUAAAAGAGCAGACUUUAGCUCGACUUUUGGACAUAGAGGAAUCCAUAAAAAAGGCGCUUUACUCCGUCUCUAAUCUGAAAUCUGAAUCAGAUAUAGCUGGAUUAUCAGGUCUUUUUAAAGAAUCACUAGGAGCUGCACAAGCGCCAACUUCUUCAGGUAACAUCAGCACAAUCAGAAUUGGGUCCAGUCGAACAAAAAACUCAAAUAACGCAAUAAAAACAAAUGAAAAUCAAAGUGGUGACAUUGAAUCGCCAAAACAACCAAGUCCUAUGUCAUCGCCUGCGUUUAUCUCCAUCUCAGCUGCUAGAAAAACAGAGGUCCCCCCAGAGACUACACUUUGUCCCUCAUGUCGUCAUGCACCAAAACCUGAGGAGAAAUUUAAGACAACCAAGACUUUAAAGUGCCACAGUCCCGCACCAGUCAAGAAAGGGGGGCAGAAACAGUGUCCACCCAAACCAAAAAGGGAGGUUACCGUGUUUGAGGUUCAGACUGAUCCCAAAGGAACAAAUAAAAGCCUUGUAGGUACAAAGACCAUCACGGAAAAUUAUGAGAGGACUGAUAACUUUGGUAAUAAAUUUUACUCAACCAAAACUUCAACUGUACUCACCACUGAGCCAGAAUCAAUGGUGAAACAGGUCUCCACACAUCCAGAAGUUAAACUACCAGUCAAUAAGAAAUCUUAAUACCGAAUAUUGGGGGGGUAACUCUAAACAUGACUUCGAGACAAAACUAUAUUGUGUUGUGGUUUCUUUUUAUUGACUGUGCAUCCCAGUGUGUUCAAAUUUGUAUCACUUUUUGGAAAAAAAAUAAACAUGGAUCCAUUAAGUUACAACUCCUUUAAUGUGUGCAGAACACCACUAAAGCCUUACCUUUUCCCAACAGUUUCAGCCCGUGUCUCAGGAGAAGUGCUCAGCAUGUUUCAAGCCUGUUUAUUCUAUGGAAAGAGUUCCCACAGAUAAAUACACUUUUCACAAAA